AUCAGAGGGGUCAUCCGAGCUCAUUUCUCCCCUUCCCCCAACUUCUAGGGUUUGGCCAGGCACCCCGCCGCCAUCCACCCCGCCGGCGUCUCCUCCCGACGCCAGCCAGACCGCCGCCGCCUCCUCCCGUCGCCAUCCACACCCGCCGGUGCUCGCCAGGGAGCCGCCGCCGCCUCCUCCCGUCGUCAUCCACACCGGCCGACGCCGGUGCUCGCCAGGGACGCCGCCGCACCUCCUCCCGCCGCCAUCCACACCGGCCGACGCCGGCGCUCGCCAGGGACGCCGGCUGAAGAAGUGAUUGUUGUGUGCCUGGUGCGUUGAUCUAUAGUUGUCUGGUUCUAUGCUCUCCAGCUACAAUCGUGCUCUGCCGUCCCUGAAAAUUAUGAAUGUAAAAUAUUGCAGUCCAGAAUAAAGCAUCGAAAUCAUUUCUUACAGUAUGAGAGAAAAUUUACUAUUAAAGUGAAAGAUGUGUCUCGUUACUCCCAAAUGAGCUGCACAUGGAGAAAAGAUGAAAUCAAGAACACAGUGAUCAUUGCAGUGGAUGCUGGGAGGCCACACAGGAGUCCUGUGUGAUCCAACCGUGCUGCUCCUGAGUUGAAAUUGCAUAGACAAUACCAAGGUGUAAACUUGAGAUGGAGUAGUGGAAGGAAAUAUGCAGGAUUUUGGACAAUGGCUGCCUCAAUCUCAGAUCACUGCCGAUCUAUAUUUCUCGAGUAUUUCAAUGCCACCACAGUUGGAUACUUCUAUAGAGACGCAGACUAGAACCUCUGCUGUUGUACCGUCAGUGAAAGAAUCUGCUAAUUUGUUUGUCACUCAUGAUGGCACUGAGCUUGUUGAAGGCAUGAACAAUGCUGCUGGGCUAACUGAAGUCAUUGGAAAUAGUGCUGAACCAACUGAAUGUAUUGACUUGAACAAGACGCCAGCACGGAAACCCAAGAGGAAAAAGCACAGGCCAAAAGUGUUAAAAGACAAUAAACCAUCGAAGACACCUAAAUCUGCAACUCCAAUACCUUCAAAUGAGAAGGUAGAAAAACCGUCUGGAAAGAGAAAGUAUGUCCGUAAGAAGACAUCAUCUGCAGGACAACCUCCUCUAGAAGAGACUAGCAGCUCACACUGCAGAUCUGAGCUGAAACCAGUUAGACGAAGCUUGGAUUUUGGUGCGGAAGUACUGCAAGAGAGUGCACAGUCUGGAUCUCAAGUUCUGGUGGCAGAACUAUCUCAAUCAAUACCUUCUACCAGCCAAAGAGAUUCACAAACCCACUUGGCUUGCCAUGUGGUUUCUAGCACCAGCUCAAUUCACACUUCAGCUAGUCAGAUGGUUAACACACAAUUGUUUCCUUCUGUUAACAUGCCAAAUGGAGUAUUGCUUGACCUCAAUAAUUCUACGAGUCAGUUACAAAAUCAUGCUAAAUUUGUGGACAGUCCGGCACUUCUUUCUCAUUCCGGGAUAAGAGAGACAUCAGGAACAAAUUCUUUGCUAGAAAUCUAUGCUGGUAUGUCAGAUAGAAAUGUACCUGAUCUCAACAGUUCAAUUAAUCUAAUGCCGAGUAUGCCUACCGAUUUUGCUCAAUACUUGCUUUCAUCCUCACAAGCUUCUGUAAGGGAAACACAAAUGGCCAACCAGAUGCUUAAUUGUCAGAGGAUACCAGAAACUACAAUUACACCUAGUCCUUGUAUAGAAAGCCCUGCAUUCAAGGGACAUUUGGAUCAUAUUCCUCAUGCAACAGAAGCAUUUAUAAAUGGCCAAAUGCCCCAUGGUUACAGGUUGGCGCAAAAUUCCAUCCUACCUCCAAAGCAUAUUGAAGGGCAUUCAGUGACAGGAAAUUUGAAUGAAUUUGCCUCCACAAAUGAUUAUUUAAAGCUAAAUGGUAUCAGUCAAACCGGAGCUGCAAUUGGGCAGCGUAAUAUUGGUGACUCCAUGCAUAUACAUGCAAUGGAUACCAGAAGAGAAUGCUAUGCUUCCAGUGGUUCUCGGAUAUCAUUAGGUGUGAACCUGAACCAACAGAAUAGUGGAUGGGCAUAUGUAGAUGCUGCCAAUACUGUGAGCUCUCAGUUAACAUAUUUUUCAGAACCUCACAAAAGAAUGAGAACAGAUUAUCUUAACAAUUGUCCAACUGGAGUUGUGGGACAUUUGUCUACCUCAUCUACACAUUUGUUAAACAAUGAGAAUGCAAAUGUGGUUUCAGAAAUCAACUCUAAAGUUUUUACCCUUGCUGAGGCACAAAGAUUGAUAGCCCAUGAGAAAUCACGAGCUUCCCAAAGAAUGAUCAGUUUUAGAUCAUCUGUAAACGAUAUGGUUAACAGACCAGAAAUGAUCCAACAAUGUUGCAGACCUACUCUUUGUGGCUCAGCAUGCAGGGAUUCUAUUGAAGUACCUGACAAACAGUUCAGGCUCAUAGCAGAAGAAUUCACACAAUUGCCUAGUAUGCCAAAUAACCUACAAAGAGAAAAACAUAUACCGCAAACUGGAAGUUGCCAACUUCAGUCUUUGAAACAUGACAUAUCUAAAGGGACAAACUUGUCUCGUGAAUUGCAUGAGCAUACAACUUCACCUCAAGCUGUUACUCAGAGCAGUUUCUGUGUUACCCCUCCUGAUGUGCUUGGCAGAAGCACCAGGGGGGAGCAUUUAAGAACCCCUAUAGCUCCAACACACACAUCAACUUGUAAGGACACUCUGAAAACUUUAAGUUGUGAACUGGAGAAUUCUAGGGAGACUAUUAGCCCCCCUGUCAAUCCUAUUGGAACAUCCUCUGGCAAUGAUGUUCCAAGAACUGGUAACCAUCAAGUAGAGGUUUCUGAAGAAACCUUUACAGCUAAACUCCCCGAGAAGAGAAAAGUAGGACGCCCCAGGAAAGAGUUAAAAUCUGGCGAGAAGCCAAAACCUAGAGGUCGUCCAAGGAAGGAAAAGGUUGUUGGCGGAGAGCUUGCAUCAAAAGGUAACCAUACUAAUCCAUUGCAAAACGAGGACACUUGUUCUUAUGGUCCUUAUGCAGGGGAGGGUUCUGUUGGAAGAGCAGUUAAUUCAGAUAGUGUUGGAGAAAGCAUUUCUGAAGCUAUAGUGCCCUUACUGAAUUCUUUAGAUCGUAUUAUUCAAAAGAUAAAGGUCUUAGACAUAAACAAAUCAGAAGACCCUGGGAUAACUGAAGCACAUGGUGCUCUUGUCCCUUAUAAUGGAGAAUUUGGUCCUAUUAUUCCUUUUGAGGGAAAAGUGAAAAGAAAACGUUCUCGAGCCAAAGUGGAUCUUGACCCUGUAACUGCUUUAAUGUGGAAAUUACUAAUGGGACCAGAUAUGACCGAUAGUGCUGAAGGGAUGGAUAAGGAUAAAGAGAAAUGGCUAGAUGAAGAAAGAAAAAUAUUCCAAGGGCGUGUUGAUUCAUUUAUAGCUCGAAUGCAUCUGGUUCAAGGAGAUCGGCGUUUUUCUCCUUGGAAAGGAUCAGUUGUAGAUUCUGUAGUGGGAGUAUUUCUUACUCAGAAUGUUUCGGACCAUCUUUCCAGCUCUGCAUUUAUGUCUCUUGCUGCAAAAUUUCCUGUGAAGCCAGAAGCCUCUGAAAAACCUGCACAUGACAUGUCUCAUACAUUUUCAGAAAAUGGUGGCUGUUCUGGGUUAUUUGGUAAUUCUGUCAAACUUCACAGUGAGAUCCUUGUUGAAGAGGCCAGCAAUACUGCAGGCUCUCUUAUCACAACAGAAGAUAAGGAAGGAAGUGGUAGUGUGGAAUUGCUUGGAAGUUCUUGUGGGAAUGGAGUGGACUGUGCAGCAGGAGUUUAUUCUAAUACUUAUGAGAAGCUGCCAGCUGGACUGCAUGGUACAAGGCCACCUGCCGUUCGAACAGGAAAUGGUAUCGAAGUUGACGAUGGGUCACUGGAGGAUGUUGUUUCAUCACAAAACUCUGCUAUUUCAUCUCAAAAUUCGCCAGACUAUCUAUUUCACAUGUCUGACCAUAUGUUUUUGAGCACAUUGCUAAAUUUUACCGCAGAAGAGAUUGGCAGCAGAAAUAUGCCCAAAGCAACAAGUAUUUCAACCACAUAUACAGAACUUCUACGAAUGCAGGAGCUAAAGAACAAGUCUAAUGAAACUAUUGAAAUGCAAAACAGUGGUUCAGUGCUCAAUGGGAUACAAUAUCCCAGCAGUAAAUAUCAGCCUUUACAUUCCUCUGUCUCGUAUCACCAGAAUGGCCAAGUUCAUCUCCCAGAAAUACAUGCGAGUGUUUUGGAGCAAUCAGUAUACACUGGCCUUAAUAAAGUGCUUGAUUCUAAUGUUACACAAACCAAAUAUAGUUAUUAUCGUUCACCUCAUCCUGGGACUGCCUGCAAAAAUGAAACAAAAAGAUCGGACUCUUUAAGCAGCCUGUUGUAUGGUAUAGAUGGAUCGACUAAGACUCCUUCCCCGCCUGAGGCUACACCAGAAUAUGACGUAAUUUCACCAGAAAUUGCUAACCAUUGUGAACCAUUGUGUUCAGAGACACUGUCAUUUGCUAAGGAGCAGUCCUCCUGUGAAAAAUAUCUUUCAACGAAUGAUAUUCAAGCUGCAUUUGUGAAACAGCACGGAACAUCAAAUUUGCAUGGGGAUUAUACUAUCGUGACAGAGCAAAAUGGAGGUGAACAUUCUCAAUCAGGAUACAGCCAACAGGAUGAUAAUGUUGUAUUUCAAUCAGCAAAAACCAGUAAUCUUUAUUCUUCAAACUUAUGCCAAAACCAGAAAGCAAAUUCUGAAGUACUGCAGGGAGUUUCUUCCAGUUUGAUAGAUAAUUCUAAAGAUGCCAAGAAGAAUUCCCCUGAAGUUCCAAUCAAUGGAUCAAAAGCAAAGAAGCCAAGGGUUGGGGCUAGUAAAAAGCGAACAUAUGAUUGGGAUACGUUGAGGAAAGAAGUUCUUCACAGUCAUGGUAAUAAACAAAGAGGCCAGCAUGCUAAGGACUCAAUUGAUUGGGAAACAAUAAGACAAUCAGAUGUGAAGAAAAUAUCAGAAACAAUUAGAGAGCGAGGAAUGAAUAACAUGCUGGCAGAACGGAUAAAAGACUUCCUAAAUCGAUUGGUGAGAGACCAUGGGAGUAUCGAUCUUGAGUGGUUGCGCUAUGUCGAUUCAGACAAAGCAAAGGACUAUCUCUUAAGCAUUAGAGGACUUGGACUUAAAAGUGUCGAGUGUGUGCGUCUCUUGACACUACAUCACAUGGCUUUUCCUGUGGACACAAAUGUUGGUAGAAUAUGUGUGAGGCUUGGAUGGGUGCCGCUUCAACCCCUACCUGAGUCUCUUCAGUUGCACCUGUUGGAGAUGUAUCCAAUGCUGGAGAACAUACAGAAAUACCUCUGGCCUAGGUUAUGCAAGCUUGAUCAGCGAACAUUGUAUGAGCUUCACUAUCAAAUGAUAACUUUUGGAAAGGUAUUUUGUACAAAAAAUAAGCCAAAUUGCAAUGCAUGCCCAAUGAGAGCUGAGUGCAAGCACUUUGCAAGUGCAUUUGCCAGUGCAAGGCUCACUCUUCCUGGACCAGAAGAGAAGAGUUUGGUUACAUCUGGAGUCCCAAUUGCUGCAGAGACCUGCCACCAGACAUAUAUAAGUUCUAUGCCUGUAGGUCAACUUGAGUACGCCUGCCACAAUGAUAUGAACAAUCGUCAGCCAAUCAUCGAGGAGCCAGCAAGCCCAGAACCUGAACAUGAGACCAUAGAGAUGAAAGAAGAUGCAAUAGAGGAUAGUUUUAUUGAUGAUCCAGAAGAAAUUCCUACUAUCAAACUUAAUUUUGAGGAGUUUACACAGAACCUGAAGAGUUAUAUGCAAACAAAUAACAUUGAGAUUGAAGAUGCUGAUAUGUCAAAGGCUUUGGUUGCUAUGACUCCUGAAGUUGCUUCUAUCCCAACUCCAAAGCUCAAAAAUGUCAGUCGCCUUAGGACAGAGCACCAAGUCUAUGAACUGCCAGACUCGCAUCCCCUUCUGGAAGGAUUUGACCAAAGAGAACCAGAUGAUCCUUGCCCAUACCUUCUCUCUAUAUGGACGCCAGGUGAAACGGCUCAGUCCACUGAUGCACCUAAGUCAUUCUGCAAUUCGCAAGAGAGUGGUGAACUAUGUGCAAGUGAUACAUGCUUUAGUUGCAACAGUAUACGAGAAGUGCAGGCCCAAAAAGUUCGAGGGACACUGUUGGUACCAUGCCGAACAGCAAUGAGAGGAAGCUUUCCACUUAAUGGGACGUAUUUUCAAGUCAAUGAGGUAUUUGCUGAUCAUGACACGAGCCGGAACCCAAUUGAUGUUCCAAGGAGUUGGAUAUGGGAUCUCCCUAGGAGAACGGUUUACUUUGGAACAUCAAUUCCAACAAUAUUUAAAGGCUUGACAACUGAAGACAUACAACAUUGCUUUUGGAGAGGAUUUGUGUGCGUAAGGGGCUUUGAUAAGACAUCAAGAGCACCCAGACCACUGUAUGCAAGACUCCACUUUCCAGCAAGCAAAAUUACCAGGAACAAAAAGUCCGCAGGUUCUGCUCCACGAAGAGAUGAUGAAUAAGCCAUCUGGAAAACGGGAAAGAAAUAAAGAGGAGGUACAUACAGGACCCUGCAAGAGUACUGACCGGAAAUGGAUCACUGACCAAUAAGUUGCCAUAGCCGAUUCAAUUAUUUCAAGCCAUAUACAUGUGCUGAAAGCUAUGAACCCCAGUUACUCAUGAAUUUGUGGUGCUGGUAUUCUUCGGCAACAUGAUCCAUCAUACAGAUUCAAUGCUUGGUUGUUGCAAGCAAUUCUUAUGCGGUGACAGUUGCUGCCGAUAGGGAGAAAAGGCAGGUCGUCCAGCGGCUCUAACUGUACUUUUUGAGUGGAACCGAUUGUUGUACAUGUGAAAAGUCAGCCAUUCAAAAUGAUAAUUCAUGUUAGGUCAUUCAUGUAGAUGAUGUCAAAUUAAUCGUCAGUUAUUCGAUUGAUUCGUUGACAAUGUUAAUUGCCUCUUGAUAACUUGGUGAUGCGCAAUGCCAUAAUGUAUGUCGAGGAAAAUAUAAAGGUGGAGAUGUCAGUUGUUAGCAUUUGUUACUGACGAAAACAAUCUUGCUGCCCUGUCAUAUACAAUUCUUUUACACUUUUGUUGACUACC